UCAAGUGGGGUUAUGCUUGCAUGCUCUUUAUAUAAGGGACUGUAUCACAGCAUUCUGCAUCUAAUUUUUACUGUUCGACUGAAGAAGAGUAGAUCUACAGCUGCAAGAUGGCCAGUUGCAUGACAGAUUCAUACAAAGUGCACAGUUGUGCUCAGAAAAGAUUCCACGACAAGAAUGACUUCGAAGUGGAGCCGUCAGAAAAGCAGAGAAUUACUAUUACAGGCGACAAGCCCGUCAGGAAGUCCAACAAAGAGAACAGUUUGUGUAGAAAUAAUGUGACUAUAAAGACGAAAGAAAGUUAUAGUGAUGACCUUAAAAAGCAUGAAAAGAAAGCCCCGAAACACGAGAAAGUGAAGCAUGAAUUUCUAGAUAAACUGUACGAGAUAAUGCUGAGAGAUGGAUUCAUGAAGGCCCGCGACCGCAAUGAAAGAGUCCUCGAAUUUACGCAUCCCGAGGACCUGAGGAAGAAAAUAGACUUCGACCUAGGAAGUAAAACGUCUGACGAGAAAAUUCUAAGUCUUUGCCAGGACGUCAUCAAAUACAGCGUGAAAGUUGCUCACCCCAGGUUCUUUAACCAGCUGUAUGGUGGACUCGAUGAGUAUAGUUUGGGAGGAUGCUGGCUGACGGAAACCCUGAAUGCUAGCCUGUACACUUACGAGGUGUCGCCAGUAUUCAGUCUCAUGGAACGGGUCGUCAUAGACAAAAUGCUGGGGAAAAUCGGGUUCGAGGACGGAGAUGCAAUGUUCUGUCCAGGCGGCUCCAUAUCUAACAUGUAUGCGCUCAACAUUGCCAGAUAUUUUAUGUAUCCAGAGAUCAAGAAGAAGGGCAUUAGGGGCAUCCCGGACAUCUGUGCAUUUACCUCAGAAAAGUGUCAUUAUUCCAUAGCUAAGGGCGUGGCUUUCAUGGGUAUGGGACUUGACAACCUUAUUUCCGUAAAGACCGACGCAAAGGGAAAAAUGAUCCCCGAAGAUUUGGAAAAGAAAAUCCUGGAGGCUAAAGAAAAGGGCAAGACUCCAUAUUUUGUGAACGCUACUGCCGGUACAACUGUGCUAGGUGCUUUUGAUCCUAUUGACGAUAUUGCUGACAUUUGCAAGAAACAUGGUCUGUGGAUGCAUGUUGAUGGUGCUUGGGGAGGCGGGGCCCUUCUGUCCAAAACUUACCGAUCUCUACUGAGGGGCGUGGAAAGGGCCGACUCGAUGACGUGGAAUCCUCACAAACUUAUGGGCGUUCCACAACAAUGUUCCCUCGUUUUCACGCGACAUAAGGGUCUACUGGAGCAGUGCCAUUCUGCCAAUGCCGCCUACCUCUUCCAGCAGGACAAGUUCUAUGACGUGUCCUACGAUUCUGGCGACAAGUCCAUCCAGUGUGGACGCAAGAACGAUGUGUUAAAGCUCUGGAUUAUGUGGAAGAACAAGGGAGAUGAAGGGUUUGAGAAGGAUAUUGAUAACCAGUUUGAAUGUGCCAAAUACCUUGCUGAGCUUGUCAAACAACGAGAAGGUUUCGAGCUUAUUUCCGAGCCCGAAUGCACCAAUGUCUGUUUCUACUAUAUACCAGAGAGACUCCGAGGUAAGGAGAGAACAUCCGAAUGGUGGAACGAAAUCUCGAAAGUGGGGCCAAAGGUCAAGGAAGGAAUGAUGAAAGCCGGUUCUAUGAUGGUGGGCUAUCAACCUGAUGGCGACUUAGUGAACUUUUUCCGAAUGAUUAUUUCCAAUUUGGACAUUGUGAAAAGUGACAUGGAGUUCGUUGUCGACGAAAUCGAUCGAUUAGGAAAAAAUCUCUAAGAAUCCAUCUUACAACUGCCAUUUGUACAUUGUUUAUGACAAUCAUUGCAUUUAAAUCGGGCUUUUGUUUGACAGAACAUAAUUGUUAUUUCCCGAUUUCUUUUCAUAUUUAUUCUAUUAGCUGUUUUGUAUAAAUAUUUUUAAUGUGCACAUGAUAUAUGAGAAGAAUUGUUAUUGUUAUGACAUGAGAAAAAAAGUACAAAAAACCCUGUAAAAAAAUUCAAAAUAAGAAUAAAACCUUUGAAUCCUCAA